AUCUGGUGCUGAAGUUAAAAGUGUUUGUACUGAAGCAGGAAUGUAUGCACUUCGAGAACGACGUGUACAUGUAACACAAGAAGAUUUUGAAUUAGCUGUCGCAAAGGUUAUGGAAAAAAAUUCGAAAAAGAAUGUUUCAUUAAAAAAAUUUUGGACGUGA